AUAUUAUGAUAAAAGAUUAAAAAUUUAAAACCAAAUAUAAUUUAUUUGCAUUUUGCUUAGACUUACAGAAGUCUAAUGUCUAUGUUUAUUGUUUAUUUGUUACAGGCUUACAGCAGUUUACAAUAAGAAUUAAGAAGUUACGACACAUAUGAUAUUGAUUAUCAACGAUUGAAUAGUGAAUACUACAUAUUAAAUUUUUUCUGCUUCAAAAUAUAGCCAUUGGGCUAACAGAUAAAAUGUUACUGCUACCAAAAUGUAUAAAUACAAUUGUACUAAACAAUAUAAAGCGAAGUUUCAUGACAAAAUCUUAUGGUUUAAUGUACUCUAAUGUUAAUCAAGUUACUAUUAAACAUGCCAAAGAUGAUAAAUUUAUUCCUAUUUAUAAAACACCUCAUAUGAAAUUUUUCAUCAGUCUAAAUAGAAUGAAAAAAUAUCAAAUAGUAGGACUAUUUGGUUGGAUUCCUAUGUGUCUAAGUUUAAAUAUGCUUAGCUAUUUAAAUUCUGAUGAAGUAAUUUGUGCAUCAUUAAUAGGUUUAGGUUUAACAGCUGGCUUACAUAUUGCAUCUUGGAUCAUAUCAAAUAAUCUUAUUGUUUUUGUUUACAUGAGUGAAGACGACCGAAGAUGUCGGAUGUCAUAUAUAUCUUAUUGGGGGAAUCGGGAGGAAUUGUAUUGCAACACUGAAGAUAUAAUACCUAUUGAAUUUUCUAAAUUCAGUCUUUUAAAUCACAAAGUUAAAUUGAAAGAAAGUUCAAUUACACUUAAAAUAGUUACACGCAACUCGACCAUUUUAAAUAAUGCUAAAUUUAGAAAAGUGUUUGGUAGUAAUAUUAUUUGAAAAAUAAAAUUAAAAUUGAGUCAUGUAAA